GAGGGGCUCUGCCCGGACCGGGCGGAGCUCGGCAGGAGAGGUGAGGAAUAGAGCAGAGCCGAACGCAGAGGAAUCGGCUAUCUGGAGCGGACUCGGGCUGGUGGACCCUACAGUCUUCGCCUUGGACAGUAGUGCGCUGGGCGAGCGCCCAAGGGAGCAGAACACAGUGCAACCAGCGGAGCCGGCCCGGAGCUCCGCGCAGUCAGCAGCCCCGACCCGCGCAGCCCGCCGAGCUCCCGCCGCCGGUCUGGACAGCAUGAGGCGCGCGGCGCUCUGGCUCUGGCUCAGCGCGCUGGCGCUGCGCAUGCAGCCGGCGCUCCCGCAAACUGUGGCCACAAACAUGCCUCCCGAAGAUCAAGACGGCUCUGGGGAUGACUCGGACAACUUCUCUGGCUCGGGUGCAGGUGCUUUGCAAGAUAUCACCUUAUCCCGGCAGGCCCCGUCCACCUGGAAGGACAUGUGGCUCCUGACAACCACGCCCAGGGCUCUAGAGCCCACCGCCAGGGAUACCACAACGGCCUCCACUUCCAUCCUGCCGGUUGGAGAGAGGCCCAAGGAGGGAGAGGCGGUGAUCCUCGCAGAAGCCCAGCCUGACCUCACUGCCCGGGGGAAGGAGACCACCCCAGAGCCCAGGGAGACCACACAGCUCCCAACCACUCAGUGGGCCUCCACAGCCAGAGCCAGCACUGCCCAGGCACCUACCAGCUCUCAUCCCCACAGGGACAUGCAGCCUGGCCACCACGAGGCUUCAGCUUCUGCCGCGCCCGACCAGGCCAGCCCUCACACUCACGGUGUGGAGUUCGGAGCUCCUUCUGCCACUGACAGGGCUGCUGAGGAUGGAGCCUCCACUCAGCUCCCAACAGGAGAGGGCUCUGGGGAGCAGGACUUCACCUUUGAACUAUCUGCGGAGAGCACGGUUGUGUCGAUCGUGGAGCCUGGCCCCCGGAAUCAGCCCCCAGAGGAUCCAGGGGACACUGGGGCCUCGCAGGGCCUUCUGGACAGGAAGGAAGUGCUGGGAGGGGUCAUUGCUGGAGGCCUGGUGGGGCUCAUCUUCGCCGUGUGCCUGGUGGGUUUCAUGCUGUACCGGAUGAAGAAGAAGGAUGAGGGCAGCUACUCUUUGGAGGAGCCCAAGCAAGCCAAUGGCGGCGCGUACCAGAAGCCCACCAAACAGGAGGAGUUCUACGCCUGAGGGGAGGAUGGUCCCUGCUGCUCCCUGCCGCUCGCUAGGCCCCCACUUGCCUCCUCCGUGAAGAACUGCAGGCCCUGGCCUCCUGCCACCGUGCCACCACCCCAGCGCUCUGCCCUCGGGCUGCCCUGUGCACGCAGCCCUUGGGGGUCCGGGGGGGCUCACUUUGCUUCUUCGUCUUCUGCCUGGAGGUUUGGGCGCAAGGGGUUUCUCGCAUCUGACCUUUCCGCCACAGCCACGCCUGGUGUCCCACCAUUGUGACUUGGCUUCUCCAACGGGAGCAGCCCUUCCCAGAUCCAGCUCUGGAGUGAAAGGGGCCCCACUGCUUUGGACCUGGUUGGCCCGCUGUGGCUGGAAAAUUCUGGGGAUGGGGCUUCGGCUGACUCGCCAUAGCACUUAGUAGAGACAGCAGGCUGGGGCCUGGCCACCUGGGGCCGGGGGCAGAAUUCAGGGCUCCGUGGGGAUUCACUCUGUGGCGUGGGGAGGUCUGAUUUAGAUACCGACUUGUUUUUGCACACAUCUCUUCUAGUUUCUCUGUUCAUAGCCCCAGUAGACUUCGUUACUUCCGAGGUAAGUUAAGUCAGUUGAUUUGGUUAUUCCCCAUCUUGCUUCUUUAAUCUACGUUCAGGAGAGAGCAUCAGGGUUAAGAAGACUUUGUUUUUGUUUGUUUGUUGUUUUUUUUUUUGAACUAGGAGAACCAAAUCUGGAAGCCAGACUAUAUAUAGGUUUAGUUUGUGAGUUGUCUCUGAGUUCGUUACUCAUGUGUGCGACAGGGUCUGGACUCCCUGUUUGGUGGCCCCAUUUUUGUGGUCCAUUGCUGGAUUGGCCAGUCCAGGCUGCUGUGCGGCAGCCACCUCUUUUGAGCAGUCAUGCCCGUGUCCAUGAACUCAGGGCCACACCUAUGGCCUGGGCCACUGUGAUGUUGGAAGAGCCUGCAAUGAGAAUUUAAUCCUGGAGCUCAGGCUGGGGAUGGAGGAGAAAGGACUGUCGGGUGGAUGAAAGGUGGCACCUUCUCUGGGAGACACUUUCUCCUGGAAGUCGACAAGAGGCAUCUGUGCAGAGCUGGCACAGGCUCCUCCAUCCGGAACCAAGUUCACCUGCAGCUCCUGCCACCCCUGCCCUGGGCAGAGUCAGGAGUGUUUCCCAAAGAGUGAUAGUCUUUUGCUUUUGGCAAAACUCUACUUAAUCCAAUGGGUUUUUCCCUGUACAGUAGAUUUUCCAAAUGUAAUAAACUUUAAUAUAAAGGAGUCAUGUGAACUCUA